AUGGAUCAAGAGCCCAUCACCAACAUCAAGGGCACCACACUCCAUACGACUGAAGAGCGUGAGGAGAGACGAGCGUCAGUACUGACUGCUCUUGGCUCACAGUUGUGUACACUGUGGGGUAAAGAAGCUGAUGUGGGUGAGCCUCCAAACUUUAAAAUAUACCUAAAUGCCAUGCUAGCCUUCACUCGCCAUCCAAGUGUACGUAUCUACAACUUCACUAAUGGUCUUUGGGGGCAACUGUUCCGCCAUGAGCUUGUAUCACAAAGCAAAACACUGCAGGCUGUCAUACCCACGUGGAUAACCAUUGUAUCUCGCAAGGUAAUGAAACAUGGCUUCCCUUCCAAGAAUGAUUCUGAGAGCUGCCAGUAUUCACGCUUUGACUUUGAUAGUGACGAGGAAUACUCAAACUUCUUUUAUAAGGUUCGUUCGGAGACAUUAGAAACAAUUAAGAAUGCUUCACUGCUGGCACCUGAGACUAUGUAUUCGUAUGUGGAGGAGUGGCUCACUAGUCAUGUUAAAAAGGCUACUGACACUGGAAGCAUUUCUGAGAAUCAGCUUUGUAAUCUCUUUUCUCCAGCAUACCUGGAGUGGGAUGCCCUGUCUCAGGUUGUGGAGAGUGUAGUAAGUCGUGUAAUGAAGAGUGAAGGAUGCAAACCCAACUCAGAGAGUGGCAUGCAGCUGUUGCGUCUCUGUUUAUCCUAUGAGACAACGGAUCCACUCAUAUUGUCAACUUUACUUUCCUGUAUCUCUGGCCUAUUUGUCUUCAUAAGACUAGUACCCAGUGUACUUCCAGAUGUUCUAAAUAAGAUCUUCUCUGCCUUAACUUUCUCAUUGCCCGGACAAACUAAAGAUUCAAGAAGUAGAGCUGUGAAAAAUGUUAGAAGACAUGGCUGCUCUCUGAUGGUGAAAAUUGCUCUUGGGUAUCCAGAUAUACUCCUUGAGGCAUUUGAUUUUAUUAAUAAUGUUGUUGAUAGUUUGAGUCAUAAUCCACAGGAACUCUCACAGAUGGAAAAAGGAACUUUGCAAGAAGCACUUAUGAUAAUUAACAAUCACUUUCAUAACUUUGAUAAACAAACUGUUUUUAUUGGUAAAGUUUUGAGCCCUGUUUCAGUGAUGUGGAGUGAUGUGAAACAGCCAUUUAGUUCUCCACUAGAUUUCAUGUCAUUUGUAGGACUGGAUAAGGCUCCAGUAGAACCCAGUGAGAAUGAUGUCAAUGGCCAAAACAGAGCUCAAAUUAUGUACUGUGUUAAUUUGAUAUUAGCUGUGAUAAAACGUUCAGAGUUUUCCUCAGACCCUGAUAGGGCAGAACAUGGGGGAUUUAUAUUGGAACGCUCGGAAAAUGGAGCAAUUGUGUACCGUAAUCCUGCCACACCCCAUGUCAUGCCGCUCCUCCAUCAGCUGUUCUGUCUUGUGCGACUCUUCAAUAAUCUUUGGCAUCCAGAGGCAUUGGCAUGUGUUUCACCAGGGUAUGCCAAAGCCCAUGACCUGCCAGAUAAUGACAAAAACAAUAUUUUAGGGCUUACUUCAAAUAUUGCUGAUCCUUGCAUUGACUCUCCUAAGGUCCAGCAGCCUCUUGAGCGUAUGCAGCAUUUCCUGUCCAUGUUGCACAGCAAUUGUUACCACAUCUUGGGCAAUGCUGGAUUGUCAUUAGGGUUGCAGUUUUACCAACAUUCUCAUCUCACUGACUACUUGAUACAUUCUUCUCUAACAAACUUACAUCUCAUCCCUGAUUACCGUCUCCGCCCAAUCAUUCGCACUUUUCUGAGACCUUUCAUCCAGUGCUGCCCCCCUCAGUGCUACCAUGUAGUACUGCUGCCCAUCUUAAAUCACCUGUGCCCUUACAUGUUGGAAAGGUUAAAUAUUCGAUGGGGUCACCUAUCUAACUUAAUUGAGAGUGGCACCUACGAGGAGGAAAACACAGACACUCAAGAAGUGCUGGAGGACUUUCUCAUACGUAUGCUGACACGAGAUUAUAUUGAUUUGUUGAAGGUGGUGUUAGUAGCUGGACCCCGUGGAGGGUGUCAGGACUCUGCUGAUGGCAUGGAGGCAGAAAUGGAGAUUUCUACACCUACUCCUGCUGUUCAAGAAGCUCUGUCUGAAUUAGGACAUCUUGUUUUAGGUUGUGACACUAUCUGCCAAGCUAUAGUCACCACCCUUCUUAAAGUGUUGUGUUGGCAAGACAGCUGGGCUUGCCUGAAAGCAGUGCUAGUGUUGGGCCAUGUUUUGCGAUGGCUCGUAGGCGAAGGACAGCACUUGAGUCCCGAUGCAGUCAGGCAGGUGAUGCAAGCAGUGCUACAAGGGCUACAUACACAUGGUCAGCAUGAAGCCAACCAGUGCGCCUUAAUUUCCCUUGGGAUGGCUACUUAUGAGAUGUUUAUUCCUUACUUCCCAAACAUCAGAGAGGUACUUCUUGGGCUUCCUGGUGUGUCUACUGACGAUGUCCAACGCUUCGAAGAGAAACUUCUCAGUCCCUCUCAAAAUCCGAAUGUGAAGAACAGCAAGCUGGAGAAAACAAAGAAGGACUUAUUUAAGAAGCUGGUGAUUGAGAUUGUGGGUCGUAAUGUAGGACAGGCUUUAAAGAAGGAAGUGCACAUGAACGAACUUCCGCCUAUGUUCAAAAACCCUCGUCCAAAACAACCUCGUGUUGAUGACACUGAUGCUGACAUUGGAUUAUGCUCUUUGUUUGGGCCUGACUCUCAAGAUUUUAAUGGACAUCAAGUUGUUCCAACAACAUUUUAGUGUUAAAUAUUUUUGUAAUGAAGUUGCUGUUUGUCUAACACUUGAAGUUCACUAAUAAUUUUUUUUCCUUUCUGUGCCAGAAAACUUGCUAAUUAUACAGAAUGAAGUGGUAAUGCUAUACAGAAUACAAAAAGUCACUGCAUUAGUGAUUGCUUUUGUUAUUAUAUUUUAUCAAGUGAAUGAAGGUACCUGUAGUAAGAGUGACAGCUAAAUUAACCUGCCUUAAUUAUUUGAUACAGUGCAUUAGCAAUACUGAAGUUUUAAGCUAACUCGUGUAACAGUAUGUGCAUGGGGCAGGUGUGCUCAAGGGUUGGCAGGGAAUAAUGUACAUUCACCACUUAACCUCGGUAAUGGGUAAUAUCUUCUGCACAAAUGCAGUAUUAAGUGUUCCUUUAUUGACAACGUUUACUCACAUAAUGGACUUUAUAUAGAUGCAAACAGAUCUACCUGGGCAGAAAAGAUGUGCAUAUAUAUACAUGUAUAUAUAUAUAUAUAUAUAUUUUUUUUUAACACGCAGAUGUCUCCCACAAAGGCAUGGUGAUCCGAAAAAGAAACACUUUCACCAUCAUUCACACAUAAUCACUGUCUUUGCAGAGGUAUAUGACAGUUUAGAUAUCACUCCAAAUAGCCAAUAUUGCAAACCCCUCCUUUAAAGUGCAGGCACUGUACUUCCCAGGGCACAAGUAUCUUUUUUUUUUUUUUUUUUUUUUCAACAAGUCGGCCGUCUCCCACCGAGGCAGGGUGACCCAAAAAAGAAAGAAAAUCCCCAAAAAGAAAAUACUUUCAUCAUCAUUCAACACUUUCACCACACUCGCACAUUAUCACUGUUUUUGCAGAGGUGCUCAGAAUACAACAGUUUAGAAGCAUAUACGUAUAAAGAUACACAACAUAUCCCUCCAAACUGCCAAUAUCCCAAACCCCUCCUUUAAAGUGCAGGCAUUGUACUUCCCAUUUCCAGAACUCAAGUCCGACUACAUGAAAAUAACCGGUUUCCCUGAAUCCCUUCACUAAAUAUUACCCUGCUCACACUCCAACAGAUCGUCAGGUCCCAAGUAUCAUUCGUCUCCAUUCACUCCUAUCUAACAUGCUCACGCACGCUUGCUGGAAGCCCAAGCCCCUAGCCCACAAAACCUCCUUUACCCCCUCUCUCAACCCUUUCGAGGACGACCCCUACCCCUCCUUCCUUCCCCUAUAGAUUUAUAUGCUUUCCAUGUCAUUCUACUUUGAUCCAUUCUCUCUAAAUGACCAAACCACCUCAACAACCCCUCUUCUGCCCUCUGACUAAUGCUUUUAUUAACUCCACACCUUCUCCUAAUUUCCACAUUCCGAAUUUUCUGCAUAAUAUUUACACCACACAUUGCCCUUAGACAGGACAUCUCCACUGCCUCCAACCGUCUCCUCGCUGCUGCAUUUACCACCCAAGCUUCACAUCCAUAUAAGAGUGCUGGUACCACUAUACUUUCAUACAUUCCCUUCUUUGCCUCCAUAGAUAAAGUUUUUUGACUCCACAUAUACCUCAAUGCACCACUCACCUUUUUUCCCUCAUCAAUUCUAUGAUUAACCUCAUCCUUCAUAAAUCCAUCCGCCGACACGUCAACUCCCAAGUAUCUGAAAACAUUCACUUCUUCCAUACUCCUCCUCCCCAAUUUGAUAUCAAAUUUUUCUUUAUCUAAAUCAUUUGAUACCCUCAUCACCUUACUCUUUUCUAUGUUCACUUUCAACUUUCUACCUUUACACACAUUCCCAAACUCAUCCACUAACCUUUGCAGUUUUUCUUUAGAAUCUCCCAUAAGCACAGUAUCAUCAGCAAAAAGUAACUGUCAAUUCCCAUUUUGAAUUUGAUUCCCCAUAAUUUAAUCCCACCCCUCUCCCGAACACCCUAGCAUUUACUUCUUUUACAACCCCAUCUAUAAAUAUAUUAAACAACCAUGGUGACAUUACACAUCCCUGUCUAAGACCUACUUUUACCGAGAAGUAUUCUCCCUCUCUUCUACACACCCUAACCUGAGCCUCACUAUCCUCAUAAAAACUCUUAACAGCAUUUAGUAACUUACCACCUAUUCCAUAUACAGUGGACCCCCGGUUAACGAUAUUUUUUCACUCCAUAAGUAUGUUCAGGUGCCAGUACUGACCGAAUUUAUUCCCAUAAGGAAUAUUGUGAAGUAGAUUAGUCCAUUUCAGACCCCCAAACAUACACGUACAAACGCACUUACAUAAAUACACUUACAUAAUUGGUCGCAUUCGGAGGUUAUCGUUAUGCGGGGGUCCACUGUACUUGCAACAUCUGCCACAUUGCUCCUCUAUCCACUCUAUCAUAUGCCUUUUCUAAAUCCAUAAAUGCAAUAAAAACUUCCCUACCUUUAUCUAAAUACUGUUCACAUAUAUGCUUCAAUGUAAACACUUGAUCUACACAUCCCCUACCCACUCUGAAGCCUCCCUGCUCAUCCACAAUCCUACAUUCUGUCUUACCUCUAAUUCAUUCAAUUAUAACCCUACCGUAUACUUUUCCUGGUAUACUCAGUAAACUUAUUGCUCUAUAAUUUUUACAAUCUCUUUUGUCCCCUUUCCCUUUAUAUAAAGGGAUUAUACAUGCUUUCUGCCAAUCCCUAGGUACCUUCCCCUCUUUCAUACUUAUUAUUAAACAAAGGUACCAACCACUCCAACACUAUAUCCCCCCUGCUUUUAACAUAUUUGUCAUGAUCCCAUCAGUUCCAGCUGCUUUACCCCCUUUCAUUCUACGUAAUGCCUCACAUACCUCCACCACACUUACAUUCUGCUCUUCUUCACUCCUAAAAGAUGGUAUACCUCGCUGGCCUGUGCAUGAAAUUACCGCCUCCCUUUCUUCCUCAACAUUUAAAAGUUCCUCAAAAUAUUCUCGCCAUCUACCUAAUACCUCCCUCUCCCCAUCUACUAACUCCCCUACUCUGUUUUUAACUGACAAAUCCAUACUUUCCCUAGGCUUUCUUAACUUGUUUAACUCACUCCAAAAUUUUUUCUUAUUUUCAUUAAAAUUUCUUGACAGUGCCUCUCCCACUCUAUCAUCUGCUCUCCUUUUGCACUCUCUCACCACUCUCUUCACCUUUCUUUUACUCUCCAUAUACUCUGCUCUUCUUAUAACACUUCUGCUUUGUAAAAACCUCUCAUAAGCUACCUUUUUCUCUUUUAUCACACCCUUUACUUCAUCAUUCCACCAAUCACUCCUCUUUCCUCCUACCCCCACCCUCCUAUAACCACAAGCUUUUGCCCCACAUUCUAAUACUGCAUUUUUAAAACUAUUCCAACCCUCUUCAACCCCCCCACUACUCAUCUUUGCACUAGCCCACCUUUCUGCCAAUAGUCGCUUAUAUCUCACCCGAACUUCCUCCUCCCUUAGUUUAUACACUUUCACCUCCCUCUUACUUGUUGUUGCCACCUUCCUCUUUUCCCAUCUACCUCUUACUCUAACUGUAGCUACAACUAAAUAAUGAUCCGAUAUAUCAUUUACCCCUCUAUAAACAUGUACAUCCUGGAGCCUACCCAUCAACCUUUUAUCCUCCAAUACAUAAUCUAACAAACUACUUUCAUUACAUGCUACAUCAUACCUUGUAUAUUUAUUUAUCCUCUUUUUCAUAAAAUAUGUAUUACUUAUUACCAAAUUUCUUUCUACACAUAGCUCAAUUAAAGGCUCCCCAUUUACAUUUACCCCUGGCACCCCAAAUUUACCUACUACUCCCUCCAUAACAUUUUUACCCACUUUAGCAUUGAAAUCCCCAACCACCAUUACUCUCACACUUGAUUCAAAACUCUCCACACAUUCACUCAACAUUUCCCAAAAUCUCUCUCUCUCCUCUACACUUCUCUCUUCUCCAGGUGCAUACACGCUUACUAUAACCCACUUUUCACAUCCAAUCUUUAUUUUACUCCACAUAAUCCUUGAAUUAAUACAUUUGUAGUCCCUCUUUUUCUUCCAUAGCUUAUCCUUCAACAUUAUUGCUACUCCUUCUUUAGCUCUAACUCUAUUUGAAACCCCUGACCUAAUCCCAUUUAUUCCUCUCCAUUGAAACUCUCCCACCCCCUUCAGCUUUGUUUCACUUAAAGCCAGGACAUCCCGUUUCUUCUCAUUCAUAACAUCCACAAUCAUCUCUUUCUUAUCAUUUGCACAACAUCCACGCACAUUCAGACUUCCCACUUUGACAAUUUUCUUCUUAUUAUUCUUUUUAGUAAUCUUUACAGGAAAAGGGGUUACUAGCCCAUUGUUCCCGGCAUUUUAGUUGACUUUUACAACACGCAUGGCUUAUGGAGGAAAGAUUCUUAUUCCACUUCCCCAUGGAUAUAAAAGGAAAAGUAAUAAGACCAAGAACUAUUAAGAUAAAAUCAAAGAAAACUCAGAUGAGUGUGUAUAAAUAAACGUGUACAUGUAUGUGUAGUGUGACCUAAGUGUAAGUAGAUGUAGCAAGAUAUGCCUGUAAUCUUGCAUAUUUAAGAGACAGACAAAAGACACCAGCAAUCCUACCAUCAUGUAAAACAAUUACAGGCUUUCGUUUUACACUCACUUGGCAGGACGGUAGUACCUCCCUGGGUAGUUGCUGUCUACCAACCUACUAUAUAUAUAUAUAUAUAUAUCUAUAUAUAUAUAUAUAUAUAUAUAUAUAUAUAUAUAUAUAUAUAUAUAUAUAUAUAUAUAUAUAUAUAUAUAUAUAGUGACCAGAAGGACAUGAAGAGUCAGGAGGUGAGGUAUGUUGAAGCUAAUUCUAGAUUUAGAAAGGAUAUAGGAAAAUAUUGGUUUGGAAAUAGGGUAGCUGAUGAGUGGAAGAAUCUGCCUAGUGGGGUAAUUGAAGCUAAAUCCUUGGGAAGUUUCAAAUUUAGGUUGAAUGAAUACAUGAGUGAGAGGGGUUGAAUUUGAGUAGGACUUGCACCUGAGUUAGUGGAUUUAUCAGAGCUUAUUGUUAGGGUAGAACUAAAAUAGGUUGAGCAAAUAUUCUGUUAGUGGGUUGGAUUUGUGAAGGACCUGCUCAGUAUGGGCCAACAGGCCUACUGCAGUGUUCCUCCUUUCUUAUGUUCUUAGAUUGAUGACAGGUUGGUCAAAUAUAUGGCUAAGAGGCUGGAUUUGAAGGGCCUGUCUAGCUUGGGCCAGUAGGCCUGCUGCAGUGUUCCUCCAUACUGUGAUCUGUUGAUAUGUGGGAUAGCAAUAAAGUUUCUUGGCAAGAGUUUUGGCUAUGUUGUAGAAAUCGUUGUUCUGGUUGAACGGUUUCUGCAACAUAGCUGAAACUUCUUUAUUGCUAUUCCAUAGUAUAGGCAAUGGGGUCAAAGAUGUAUGGGGUAGGUUUAAGAAUGUAGUGUUAGAGCGUUCAGCAGAAGUUUGUGGUUACAGGAAAGUAGGUGCGGGAGGGAAGAAGAGUGAUUGGUGGAAUGAUGAUGUAAAGAGAGUAGUAAGGGAGAAAAAGUUAGCAUACGAGAGGUUUUUACAAAGUAGAAGUGAUGCAAGGAGGGAAGAUUAUAUUGAGAAAAAAAGAGAGGGUAAGAGAGUGGUGAAGCAAUCUAAAAAGAGAUCAAAUGAGAGAGUGGGUGAGAUGUUAUCAACAAAUUUUGUUGAAAAUAAGAAAAUGUUUUUGAGUGAGAUUAAUAAGUUGAGGAAGCGUAGGGAACAAAUGGAUUUGACAGUUAAAAAUAGGAGAGGAGAGUUUAAAUGGAGAGUUAGAGGUAUCGGGAAGAUGGCGGGAAUAUUUUGAGGAAUUGUUAAAUGUUGAUGAAGAUAGGGAAGCUGUAAUUUCGUGUAUAGGGUAAGGAGGAAUAACAUCUUGUAGGAGUGAGGAUGAGCCAGUUGUGAGUGUGGGGGAAGUUUGUGAGGCAGUGGGUAGAAUGAAAGAGGGUAAGGCAGCUGGGAUUGAUGGGAUAAAGAUAGAAAUGUUAAAAGCGGGUGGGGAUAUAGUUUUGGAGUGGUUGGUGUUAUUAUUUAAUAAAUGUAUGGAAGAGGGUAAGGUACCUAGGGAUUGGCAGAGAGCAUGCAUAGUUCUUUUGUAUAAAGGCAAAGGGGAUAAAAAAGAGUGCAAAAACUAUAGGGGAAUAAGUCUGUUGAGUAUACCUGGUAAAGUGUAUGAUAGAGUUAUUAUUGAAAAAAAUAAGAGUAAGACGGAGAGUAGGGUAGCAGAUGAACAAGGAGGCUUUAGGAAAGGUAGGGGGUGUGUAGACCAAGUGUUUACAGUGAAACAUAGGUGAACAGUAUUUAGAUAAGUGUAAAGAGGUUUUUGUGGCAUUUAUGGAUUUGGAAAAGGGAUGUGACAGGGUGGAUAGGGGGGGCAAUGUGGUAGAUGUUGCAGGUGUAUGGUAUAGGAGGUAGGUUACUGAAAGCAGUGAAGAGCUUUUACAAGGAUAGUGAGGCUCAGGUUAGAGUAUGUAGGAGAGAGGGAGAUUAUUUCCCAGUAAAAGUAGGCCUUAGACAAGGAUGUGUGAUGUCACCAUGGUUGUUCAGUAUAUUUAUAGAUGGGGUUGUAAGAGAAGUGAAUGCUAGGGUUGUGGCAAGAAGUGUGGAGUUAAAAGAUAAAGAAUCAAACACAAAGUGGGAGUUGCCACAGUUGCUCUUUGCUGAUGACACUGUAUUUUUGGGAGAUUCUGAAGAGAAGUUGCAGAGGUUGGUGGAUGAAUUUGGUAGAGUAUGUAAGAGAAGAAAAUUAAAAGUGAAUAUAGGAAAGAGUUAGGUUAUGAGGAUAAAAAGAUUAGGUGGUGAAAGAUUGGAUAUCAAAUUGGAGGGAGAGAGUAUGGAGGAGGUGAAUGUAUUCAGAUAUUUAGGAGUGGACGUGUCAGCAGAUGAGUCUAUGAAGGAGGGGGUGAAUCAUAGAAUUCAUGAGGAGAAAAGGGUGAGUGGUGCACUUAGGAGUCUGUAGAGACUAAGAACUUUGUCUGGAAGGAAAGAGGGGAAUGUAUGAGAGUAUAGUUGUACCAACACUCUUGUAUGGGUGUGAAGCAUGGGUAAUGAAUGUUGUAAUGAGGAGAAGGAUGGAGGCAGUGGAGAUGUCAUGUCUGAGGGCAAUGUGUGGUGUGAAUAUAAUGCAGAGAAUUCAUAGUUUGGAAAUUAGGAGAAGGUGUAGGAUUACCAAAACUAUUGUCCAGAGGACUGAGGAGGGGUUGUUGAGGUGGUUUAGACAUGUAGAGAGAACAAAGCAGAAUAACUUCGAGUGUAUAAAUCUGUAGUGGAGGGAAGGCAGGGCAGGGGUCGGCCUAGAAAGUGUUGGAGGGAAGGGGUAAAGGAGGUUUUGUGUGUGAGGGGCUUGGACUUCCAGCAAGCGUGCAUGAGCAUGUUUGAUAGGAGUGAAUGGAGACAAAUGGUUUUUAAUACUUGACAUGCUGUUGGAGUGUGAGCAGGGUAAUAUUUGUUUGGGGAUUCAGGGACACUGGCAGGCCAGACUUGAGUCCUGGAGAUGAGAGGCACAGUGUCUGCACUCUGAAGGAGAGGUGUUAAUGUUGCAGUUUUAUAACUGUAGUGUAAAGCACCCCUCUAGCAAGGCAGUGAUGGAGUGAAUGAUGAAAGUUUUUCUUUUUCGGGCCACCCUGCCUUGGUGGGAAUCGGCCGAUGUGUUAAUAAAAAAAAAUAAUACAUGUAUAGCAACAGGUCACAGUAUGAAAAAUGGUAUGGUGAUACAAACAAGAUGUGGAAAAAGACACUUAUGUACAGUUCAGGACAUUUAUUAACCCUUUCAGGGUCCAGAGGCCAAAUUUCAAAGGGUGCACCAGCAUCCAAGAAUUUUCAAAAAAAAAAAAAAUUUAUUUUUUCUUAUGAAAUGGUAGAGAAUCUUUUUCUUAAGGUAAUAAAACAAAAAAUAUGAAAUUUGAUGGAAAAUUGACGAAAUUAUGCUCUCGCGAAUUUUGAUGUGUCAGCGAUAUUUAUGAAUCGGCGAUUUUGCCGACUUUGACUCCCAUUUUAGGCCAAUUACAUUAUUCCAGUCGACCAAAUUCUUAGCUAUUUCACUAGUAUUACUUCUAUUCUAUUGAUUGAGCACAAGAAAUCGCCCAGUCAACUGUUUCAACUACAAAAUAAAGUGAUUGGAAAUUGGUAAUUUGGCCAAUUUAACACAAAGUCCAAAAUAUUCCAAUUUCAAAGUAGGGUCCAGAAUAAACAAUGCAGGCAUUCCUGGCACUAAACUAACAUUUCCUCUGCUCAUUAGUUAUGUUUUCAGGCUUUACAAAUGAAUUCCAUUUUGAUUUUUUUAUUCACAUAAUGAAUUUUUAUUCUAACCAAAAAAUAGAAGAUUUACUGUUAUGCAAUAUUGUAAUAAUUGUAUAAAUAUCAUCAUCACAUUUGUGAAUGUAUAUUAGACCCACCAGCUGGCGUGUAUUAGAUGUGCGAGGUCGUUUGUUUACUGUUGAACAUCGACAAAAAUUUAACAUUUCCGCUACUUUGAGCUCAGUUUCAAGCCAUUUCCAGUACUAAAACCAAUCAAAAUCAUCUUCAUUUCUGUAAUAUGUCUUCCAUUCUAUCAAAUGAGACCAAGAAAUCACAAAUACAACCGUAAAAAACAUACGAAAAAACACUGCAAAGUCGCUGUUAUAAUCGAAAAUCACGGUCUCAGUUUUUUCCUCUCAUUAUACACUGUUUGCUGCAGGAUUUGUUUUAUGUGGUACACAUAUACCACAUAGAUGUAUUCUCUCAUAUCUAGGCCCAAAUUUACCACUCACAGCUUAUCAGAGUAAGCUGAGCUCAUGGCGUAGAUCUACAGUUUGGACCCUGAACGUAAAGCCGUAGAUCUACAGAACGGACCCUGAAAGGGUUAAAGGAAACGUUUUGCCACAAGUGGUUUUUUCAGUCCUAAUGCAGAGAUAAUUAAGAAACAAGUAUAUACAGUGACAGGAGUCAGGUGGAAUGCCGUGUAGGUAGGAGUAGUACAAUUGUACCACAAUUGUAGUACAACUGUACUACUACUAGACAGGUCCUUCUCGAAUCCAGCAUCUCUUCAGCCAUAUAUUUGUCUAACCUGUCAUCAUUCUAUCCAGAAUUAGCUUCAGUGUGCCGCACCCGAUUCUUCACGUCACUAUGCUUUCUGUAUAUAUGCACAUCCUUUCUGCCUCUUUGUGUUUGGGCAGAACAUCAGUAAAGGAUUGCAUAAUAUUGCUCUUGUGUGUUUUAUCCAUCUUGUCAGUAUUUUAUACCACUUCCCUCCAGUAUCUUUUUGCAUUUAAUGUAUAUAUUUAUAGGUGUUAUAGAAAAUAAAAAGUAAAUUGGAGGUAUUUCAGAUCAUUGAAUGAAAUAUUAUGAUAGUUUAUUUUUUAAUAUGACAGCUCUGUUGUCAAUCUUUUCAUGUUUUUUUUUUUUAUCAUAUUUUAAAAUUAAUGUGCACUUGAAAGACAAUCUUUGAGAUGAUGUUGAAUUUUAUCUUUACAGUCACACCUCGUAUCAGGUUGUACUUAGCCAAAUCUCCAGUUAAAUGAAAGAUUUCACAUGCUCCAUCAGUAAAUCCAAUGGAAAAACUGAUGGUGGCUGUAAGUUGCCACUGAGUUUUUUAUUUCGGCAGCAUCUCGCAACUCAACCAAGGCUUUGUUUUAAGUGAGAAGCAAGUCAAAUGUAUGUAUGUUGUACAGUAUUUUUUUAUAUAUUUUUGUUGUAAUCAUGCAGUAAAGUUCGAUCAAAGACUCAUUCCUAAAAUUUGUUUGCAUGAUGGUGUCACAAGAAUGUCUGACACUGGAAGCAAGGUAAUAGUUGAGAGAAAGAAAGAGAGGUAGUAUCUUGGGGAGAAAAAGAAAUGUUUUACCUGUUGAGAACAGAAUUGGUAAGGCAUUUAGGCUACAGGGUAAGCAUUAGUCGAUUUCGAGAAGAGUAUGUUGUUGGACAAGUUUAUUGAGAAGUAACAUCCAGUAAGAGGCAUAAUUUGAUGCCUGUUCUGCAUAUUGAGGACUGUGAUAAGAAAGCUGUGUAAAAAGGUGUUAAAUGAGUAUAAAGCAGAAAAUUUUGGAAAAUUAGUGUUUAGAUAAUUAGUUGUAAAGUGUCAUACAAGUGUUUUACUUAGGAAGAAUUUGCAUAGUUGCAUCUUACACAUAAUUGGUAAAAUAUAUAUAAUUAUAUAUUUUUCACAUUUAAAUAUUAUAUGUGAUGUAAUUUGUAGUACAGUAAGGCAUGAAACUGUGAUCCUUUCUUUUAUAAAUGGGGUGGAAAGCCAACUUCCAAGUACACAACAAAAUUCUUAGUCACUAGUAUAUAGCACUGGUUAGCCAACAGUUGCUUAAUUACUGAGUGAAUCACCAUUUACUGAAGACCCACAUCAGGAGACACUUUGCAGUAUCUUGAUGAACACACUAUUGCCACAGUAAAAUAAUGUUACAAAUGACAACAUUAGGGAUUUCUGCAUUAGAGCAGUGCAUUGGAGAAGAGCAUGCUCAGGUAUAUUUGGCAAUAGUUUGAUAUUAAUCGUGCCCAAAGGAUGUCAGUUUUAUGCACAAAUGUCUUUCAAAAUCACAUAAACAUUUAAUUUUUUUAAUAAAAAAUCAUAAAUAAAGACUACCAGGAAUUUAUCUUGAAAAAAAAAAAGACAAACUCUAAAUGCUUAGUUUUUUCAUAUAGGAGCCUGUUGUCACCAAAGUUUGCCAAUACUGGUUGUGUGUAAGACUUAACGUUGUUAAUUCGGUGGCCAUAACCCACUGAAGCAGGUGGACAAAAAAAAAAAAAGUUUCUCUUUUUAGCUUUAGUAGUGUAUACAGAAGGGGGUUACUAGCCCCUUGCUCCUGGCAUUUUAGUCCCCUCUUACAACAGGCAUAGCUUACGGAGGAAGAAUUCUGUUCCAUUUCCCCAUGGAGAUAAGAGGAAAUAAACAAGAAAAACAACUAGUAAGAAAAAAGAAGAAAACCCAGAGGGGUGUGUAUAUAUAUGCUUGUACAUGCAUGUGUAGUGUGACCUAAGUGUAAGUAGAAGUAGCAAGAUGUGCCUGAAAUCUUACAUUUUUUUUUUUCAACAAACCGGCCAUAUCCCACCAAGGCAGGGUGGCCCAAAAAGAAAAACAAAAGUUUCGUUUUUUAAAUUUAGUAGUAAUUUAUACAAGAGAAGGGGAUACUAGCCCCUUGCCCCCGGCAUUUUAGUCGCCUCUUACAACACGCAUGGCUUACAGAGGAAGAAUUCUGUUCCACUUCCCCAUGGAGAUAAGAGGAAAUAAACAAGAACAUGAACUAGAAAGAAAAUAGCAGAAAACCCAGAGGGGUGUGUAUAUAUAUGCUUGUGUAUGUACAUGUAGUGUGACCUAAGUGUAAGUAGAAGUAGCAAGAUGUACCUGAAAUCUUGCAUGUUUCUUUCUUCUUUCUUUCAACAAACCGGCCGUAUCCCAUCGAGGUACGGUGGCCCAAAAAGAAAAACGAAAGUCUCUCUUUUUAAAUUUAGUAAUUUAUACAGGAGAAGGGGUUACUAGCCCCUUGCUUCUGGCAUUUUAGUCGCCUCUUACAACACGCAUGGCUUACAGAGGAAGAAUUCUGUUCCACUUCCCCAUGUAGGUAAGAGGAAAUAAACAAGAACAAGAACUAGUAAGAAAAUAGAAGAAAACCCAGAGGGGUGUGUAUAUAUAUGCUUGUACAUGUAUGUGUAGUGUGACCUAAGAAGUAGCAAGAUGUACCUGAAACCUUGCAUGUUUAUGAGACAGAUAAAAGAUAGCAGCACUCCUACCAUCAUGUAAAACAAUUAAAGGCUUCCAGUUUACACUCACUUAGCAAGACGGUUGUGCCUCCCUGGGCGAUUGCUGUCUACCAACCUACUACCUAUGAAAAUAUCCUAUAUAAAUGGGAAAAAGCUUUUCUUGAUUUCUUUUUCCCCAUUUUUAAUAUCUGAGCUUUCAAAAGAUUUUAAAUCUAAAGUCUGUUCAUUACAGAAGUACCGGCAAUCACUGUUGUAGAAAUCACUAGAUAGAUAUUUAGGUUUAAAUCAUUGGCACAAAUGCAAAAUAUACAAACAUAGCACAUUUUAUUUCAGUCUUUUUAUACAAAUGUGAGAAUAAAACAAGAUUUUUUAGAUAUUUUGCAAAUUUUAUAUUUACUGCUAGUUUACAAGUCAAUUGUAUACCAGGCAAUGUGUAUUCUUUCUACUGUAUGUUGCACAGUAAUAGCUGAUCAAAAGCAUUUUUAUAUGUCUGAGUGGAUAUAUACGUACAUCAUAGUGUUUUUGGGCUUUUAUUCUCGUUAAUCUAUUAAAGAUUAAUAGGUGAAAUUUUAUGACUUACUACUGGGUUGAAUGAAUUAUGCUCAGUGAUACUACUGUUGCACUUCUGCUUAAUGAAAAUUAUUCUAUUUUUGGAAAGCUAGUACUCGAGAUUUAAGAAUAAUGAGGUUUGACUGUAUGCCUUUAUUGUGUACUUUUUUAACCCUUUCAGGGUUGAGAACCCCGAUCCUUAACUCACUCUCAGGGUCAAAAAUUUUUCAAAAAAAAAAAAUAAAAAUUCUUGUGAAAUGAUAGAGAAGCUUUUCCCCAUGGUAAUGACCCCAAAAGUACGAAAUUUGAUGUAAAACUUAUGAAAUUACACUCUUGCGAAGUUAGCAUCCUGGUGAUAUUUACGCAUCGGCAAUUUCACCCACUUUGAGCCCUAUUUUCAGUCAAUUCCAUUGUUCCAGUCGACUAAAAUCAUAGCUAUUUCUCUAGAACUCUAUUUGUUCUAUUGAUUGAGUACAAGAAACCACCCAUUUACCGAUUUCAACUACCCAGUAAAGUGGUCAGAAAUUGGCAAUUUGGCCAAUUUCACACAAAUUUCAAAAGAUGCCAAUUUCAAAAUAGGGUUCAGAAUAAACCAGACAGACAUUCCUGGCACUAAAAUAACAUUUUUUCUGUUCAUUAGUCAUGUCUCCAGGCCCCUCUUAUAUUACUCUUGCUUUCCAUUUUGAAUUUUUAUUCUCACAAAAAAUAGAAGAUUUACUGUUACGCAGACUAUUGCAUUAUUGUAAAAAUGGUAUAAAUAAUAUCAGUACACUUGUGAAAGAAUAUUACAUCACCAGUUGAUGUGUAUUGGACACAUGGCGUGAUUUGUUUACUCUUGAACACCGGCAAAAAUCAAACAUUUCCGCUACUUUGAGUUCAAUUUCAAGGUACUUUUCUUCAUGAAACCAAUCAAAAUCAUCUCUAUUUAUGUAAUAUAUCUUCUUUUCUAACAUAUGAGACCAAGAAAAUGAGAAUACAAACAUAAACACCAUAUGAAAAUACACUGCAAAUUCGCUGUUUUAAACCAAAAACACAGUCGGAGUUUUUUUUCUCAUUAUGCACUGUCUUCUUCAGGAUUUUUUUUUACUGUGCACACUGACCAUGCAGACCCAUUCUUUCAUAUGUAGGCCUACCAGCUUUCUUCCACCAGAUUUGAAGGUACUGGAAUUUUGGCGUAUAAAUACGGGACCGACACUAGCUCUCAAGCUGUACAUAUACUGGACCGACCCUGAAAGGGUUAACUGUGGUUGUGUAUGAAAUAUGUUAAAAUAUUAUUAUAUAAUUUUUCUAUUUUUUUUAAAUUUCAUAGAAUUUUAUCAUGUAUAGUAAUGAUUAUCAUUGACCUUUUUUAUACAGUAUUCACUUUUACAUGUAUGACAAACAUUUUGGUACAUUGGCAUGUUUUUUCACACUUUCCAUUGGUAAGUCUUAGAAAAGUUGGUUAUUCUUGAAUUUAAAAAUGAGACUUACAAUUAUAAUACCUAUCUCCAUGAUUACCCAAACAUGAUCCCAUUUUUAGAUUAUUGAUGCAAAGCACAUUAUAUUAUUGUUGUUGCUAAUUUAUGAGUCAAAGCUAAAUUUAAUUUUUCCUAUUCAUUCACAUGAACAAGAGUUGGAGCUCUAAGAUAUACUAUGCUAGUCAUAUAUAAUGAUGUAAUGUAUCUCAAUGAAAGUCACAUUUUUAAAAUUCAGGAAUCUUUAUAUGUACUGAGUGCAGUCAUUCUAUACUUAGUGAAAGUGCCUUUGUUUUUAUUGUAUUGUACUCCUUCAAAAUUGCAAAUGUUCAUUCACCAGUUGUAGACAGGUAGUUCAUCUACUAUAAUAUGAUUUAUGUUUUGUAGUACAUAAGUUGUUAAUUAUAAUUAUUGUAAUAUGAUUUUUAUUGUAAUAUAUUGAUUACUCAUUUUUAUAAUUGCUCCAGCCAUUGAAGUCAUAGUUAUGAAAGUCAGUAUUUUUUGUAAGAUUUGCCAUUAAAUAAAGUUAAUGAUUGGAAA